CUUGCCUUAUCGGUUUGACCUCCGUUACAACUCUGAGAUAUUCCCAUUCCUCUACAGCAUACCAAAAGCCUGAACCAUUCCUCCUCUACUUUCCGAUCCCAAUCCGAUCAUAAUUACGUCUACUCCUUUGUUCAUAAACCCUUCCCAGUACUUCCCUGUUUGUCUUCAGCUCACUUGGUUAAUUUUGGUCCCUCCUUUCCUUUGUUCUCUUGAUGUCUAUAUUUCUAGUCAAAGCCUUUUACUUCGAUUCUCUGUUUAUCAAACUAAUUCCUCAGCUUUUUCGAGUCUUUUUCCUAUUUCUCACGAUUUGAAUAUCGGGCUCGGUAUCAUCUUUCCUUGUUUUUCGUAUUGUUUGGGUCUGCUCCCUUGUUGUCUCUGUUAGUCCCUCAUUUAUACUUUUGCUUGGGGGUUGAAACCAAAAAAAAAAAAAAAAAAAACCCACCGAAAAAUAUGGAAAUUCCUACUGGCAGCGCUGGCAAUCUCGUUAGCGAAAUUGCCAAAUUCAUGUUCCUCCAAAUUAAGCGUCGUAUCAGUUAUGUAUUCCACCAUCAGAGAAGGGUUGAGACUUUUGAGGAAAAAGUUCAGAGGUUGAAAGAAAGAAGAGAUAGAGUGCAGCAUGAUGUUAAUGCUGCUAAGAGGAACGCGGAGAAAAUAGAGAUCGGCGUCGAGAAUUGGCUGAUCGAAGUGGACAAGAUAAUCAAUGAACGGGCGAAAGAAAUGAAGGACCUUGAAGACAAAGCAAGGAACAAGUGUUUCAUUGGCUUGUGUCCCAAUUUCAAGUCUCGUUACCAGCUUAGCAAGGAAUCAGAAAAAGAUGCCAACGCUGUUGAUGAACUCCUCCAACAAGGUGAAUUUGACAAAGUAUCAUACCGUGAUCUUCCUCGAGCCAUAGUGGAUGCAUCUCCUAAAGAUUUUGAGGCCUUUGAUUCAAGAAAGCAGGUUUUUAACGAGAUAAUGGAGGUAUUGAAACAUCCUAGUAUCAACAUUAUAGGGGUGUACGGAACGGGUGGUGUGGGCAAGACCACACUUGUCAAAGAAGUUGCUAAAAAAGUCAAAGGGGAUAAGUUAUGUGAUGUGGUGGUUAUGGCAGAUGUAACUCAGACUCUUGAUAUUCAGAAAAUGCAAGACCAAAUUGCAGAGUCAUUGGGUUUAAAAUUAGAAGAAAAGAGUGUGGCUAUAAGAGCUAGUCGAUUGCACGAAAGAUUGAAGGAAGAAAAGAAGAUUCUUGUUGUUUUAGAUGAUAUUUGGGCAAGGUUAGACCUGAAGGAAGUGGGAAUUCCUAUUGCAGAUGAACAUGAAGGAUGCAACAUCCUGCUUACGUCAAGAGAUCUCAAUGUUUUACUGAAUGGUAUGGAUGCUCAGAAAACAUUUCUAAUCGAUGUUUUAAAAGAAGAGGAAGCUUGGGAUUUAUUCAAGAAGAUGGCAGGGAACAGUGCUGAAAGUCCUGAAUUGCGGUCUAUAGCUACUAAGGUAGCUGAAAAGUGUGCUGGUCUGCCAAUCGCCAUUUCAACGGUUGCAAGGGCUUUGAGGAAUAAAGCUUUGUUUGAAUGGAAGGAUGCUUUGCGGCAACUACAGAGGCCUUCCUCAAGCAACUUCUGUGGGGUACCAGCAGAUGCAUAUGCUGCUAUAGAGUUGAGUUACAAUCAUUUAAAAGAUGAGGAGCUCAAACAGGCUUUCUUGCUUUGCAGUCUACUUGGUCAUAAUGCUCUUAUUCAAGACAUGCUGAAAUAUAGCAUGGGUUUGGGUCUAUUUAGUAGUGUCAACACAGUAGAAGAAGCACGAGAUAGAUUGUUGACGGUGGUGAGUAACCUGAAAACCUCUUGUUUGUUACUUGAUAGUUACACCGAUCAGUGCUUUGAUAUGCAUGACCUUAUUCGUGAUGUUGCCAUAUCAAUCGCUUCUAGGGAGAACCGUGUCUUUGCAUUAAACAAGGAGGAUGUUCAGAAAGAUUGGCCAAAUGUAGAGGCAAUGAAAAAUUGCGACAAAAUUAGUUUGCGUUAUGCUAGUAUUAGCAAGCUUCCUGAUCAAUUGAAAUGUCCAAAACUUACAUUUUUCUAUAUGGGUAGCAGGGAUCCUUCGAUGGAAAUGCCAACUAACUUUUUCAAUGAAACGAAAAAUCUUAAAGUUCUAGAUUUGACUAAAAUGCAUUUUUUGUCCUUACCUUCCUCCAUUUCUCUACUAUCAAACCUUGGAACAUUGUGCCUCGAUCAAUGUGUGUUGGGAGAUAUUGCCAUUAUUGGAGAGCUCAAGAAUUUAGAAAUUCUUAGCCUUUUGAAAUCUCAUAUUGAAAUGUUACCCAAGGAAAUUGGACAGCUGAUUAAGCUAAAGUUGUUAGAUCUAACUGGUUGCACCAAACUCAAAAUAAUUCUCCCAAACAUCUUAUCGAGUUUGUCUAGACUAGAAGAAUUAUAUAUGGGUAACAGUUUUGUUCAAUGGGAGACAGAGGGACACACUCAACGAAGCAAUGCUAGUCUUGCAGAAUUCAAGGCUUUGUCUUGUUUAACCGCCUUAGAUGUUCAUAUCCCUAAUGCCAAGAUUAUUCCAAGAGAUUUGUUCUUUGAAAAAUUGCAAAGAUACAAGAUUUUCAUAGGAGAAGCAUGGGAUUGGGAUGGUCAGAUUGAAUACUCGACACUGAAACUCCAGCUAAAUACAAGCAUUCGGUAUCUAAAUUAUGGAUUGAAAAUGUUAUUGAACAAAGUGGAACAUCUACAUCUAUAUGAAAUGACAGGUGUCAAGAUUUUGCUAUUUGAGUCAGAACAUAAGGAAUGUUUUCGACAGUUGAAGAAUCUUCAUAUUCAAAAUGGUGCGAUGAUCCAAUAUAUCAUUAAACAUAUUGAUGUUGACAAAAUUGAGUUUCUUCAACUACAUUCCUUGACGCUUCAUGGUUUGCCAAAGCUCGUUAGCUUUUGCUCCGGAUGCGACGAUUCAACUUCCAUUUCUCCAAAAGAGUUGCCACUUUUCAAUGACAAGAUAAUGUUUCCUAAGUUGGAGAAGCUAAAACUAUCCUCAAUCAACAUUGAAAGGAUAUGGCACUACCAACUUCCCAGCGGGUCUUAUUCGAUGCAAAAUUUGACGAGCUUGAUUAUUGAGGGAUGUGACAACUUAAAGCACGUAUUAUCGUGCUUUAUGGCUGAAUGUUUGCAGCAGCUCAAAAGCUUUGAGGUAAUUGAUUGCAGGUGCAUACAAGAGAUAGUAGCAACGGAGGAGAUAAAAGAAGAUGGAAAGAGAGCUACAAUUUCAUUCCCUCUAUUAAACUCCCUAAAAUUAAAGGCUCUUCAGAAACUCAUCGGAUUUUGCCAUGAAAAUUAUUUUCUUGAAUUCCCAUCCUUAAAGAUUCUAGAGAUAGAGCACUGCCUUAAAUUGAAGGGAUUCAUCAACAAAUCUAUGAGUAAAGAUAUCACUAUUGGCAGUACUACUGAAGCGCUGUUCAAUGAACAGGUUGCUUUUCCCAACUUGGAGAAAGUGACAAUCUCUCAUUUGAGAAACGUGAAGAGGUUAGGGUUUAACCAAUUUCAUGCGGAUUCUUUUUAUAAGAUGAAAGAGUUGAAAGUUGAGUACUGUGAUGAGUUGUUGAAUAUUUUUCAAUCUUUUGUUCUUGGAGCAUUUCAAAGACUUGAAAUACUAAGAGUAACUGAUUGUGGUUCACUUGAAGAAGUGUUCGAACACCAAGUCCACGGGCUAGAAAUCAAAGAUACGUGUGAUGUGGCCUUACAAUUAAAAGAAAUGUAUCUCUUUCGUUUGCCAAAGUUGAAGCAUGUUUGGAACAAGGAUCCGCAGGGAAAUAUUUCAUUUCAAGCUCUACGUGUAGUAGAUGUUUGGAAAUGUUGGAGUUUGAAAAGUCUGUUUCCAUUUUCAAUAGCCAAAGGUCUUCCACAACUUGAAAGCCUUGAGAUUACUAGUAGUGGAGUGGAGGAGAUUGUUUCAAAGAAUGAAGGAUUAGAACAGGAAAUUCGCUUUGAAUUUAAUCAGUUAUCCUUCCUUAGCCUUUGGAAUUUAACAAACCUCAAAUGUUUUUACUCAGGAAGGCACACCACUGUUUGGCCGGCGUUAAAAAAUUUGAAGACACAUCGGUGUGGGAAAAUAAAGAUACUUGGCCAGCUGGAGUCCCAUAUCCAACAACCACUUUUUCAUAUUGAAAAGGUUAUCCCUCAAUUGGAGGAAGUGUCGUUUAGCAGUGAUGAGAUCGCAAUGAUAUGUGGUGACCAGUUUUCAGAAAAUUUUUUUUGCCAUAUAAAAGUUCUUCAGGUUACUUGCUACCUCAGUGAAUCUGCUGUUUUCCCGUUUUCUUUCCUCCAAAGAUUUUACAAUCUAGAAAAGCUUGAGCUGUUUAGUUGCAACUUCAAGGAGCUAUCACCUUACGAAAGAAAUGUUGGUGAGGAGAAGGAAGUCUGGAUGCUCCCAAAAUUUAAAAAGUUAAAAUUGAGGUAUUUACAUAAGGUGACACAUCUAUGGAAGCAAGAGUCACCAUUGGGUCAUAUUUGUGCAAGUCUUGAAACUCUUGAAGUUUGGAAUUGUGAUAGUUUGAUUAAUUUAGGAUCAUCAUCCGCAUCUUUUGAAAAUCUUACAACUUUGGAUGUCUGGAAGUGCAAAGGGAUAGUAAAGUUGAUUACAUCCCCAAAAGCCCAAAGUUUGGUGCGUCUUGUCAAAAUGAAGAUAACAAAGUGUAAAAUGAUGAAAGAAGUAGUUGCGAGCGAGGGAGAUGAUGAAGCAACAGAUGAGAUUAUUUUUAGAGGGUUAAAAUGUUUGGAACUUCGUUGUUUAGCAAGCCUCAGAAGCUUUUGUUCAGGGAAUUACACCUUCAAGUUCCCAUCAUUGGAACGAGUGAUUGUGAGCCAGUGUCCUAGAUUGAACAGCUUUUGUCAUGGAGCUUUAAGCACACCCAAGUUACACAGAGUACAACUCGUGCCGACACAUUAUAAAGGGCGUUGGGUUGGUGACCUUAAUGCCACCAUAGAACAGUUACACGAGGAAAAGGUUGGAUAUCGAAGUCUAAAGCAUUUGAAGUCAUCAAAGUUUCCUGAGUUGGUGGACAUAUGGAAUAGAAAUCCUCAAGAAAUUUUAGACUUGAAAAGCCUUGAAUUUCUAGAGUUUUGUAAUUUCAACAACUUGGGAUGCAUAUUUAACCUCUAUAUGGCCGUAAGCCUUGUGCGACUCCAACAGCUGGAGAUAAAGAAAUGCAAUAAAAUGGAAGCAGUCAUCAAGGAAGAGAGAUCAGUUCUUGAUGAGGAAGCAAGAUUAGAUAAGAUCGCCAUUUUCCCUCUUCUAAAAUCCAUUUUUAUCGAGUGUUGUCCUGACUUGACAAGCUUUUAUUUGGGAAGUCCAGCUCUAAUAGAAUGUCCAUCCUUGGAAAUAAUUGAGGUAGCUCGCUGUCCCAACAUGACUACCUUUGUUUCUAUAUUUCCAAGACCCAAGGAGAAACAAGCAAUACUGGGUGAUGCAAUUGAAAGAAACGAGGAUGACCCUGAUAUUCUUACUGGAUUUUUCUGCGAUAAGGUUGCUUUUCCCAACUUGGAGAAAGUGAGAAUCUCUCAUUUAAGAUACGUGAAGAGACUAUGGUAUAACCAACUUCAUGCAGAUUCUUUUUGUAAGAUGAAAGAGUUGAAAGUUCAGUACUGUGAUGAAUUGUUGAAUAUGUUUCCGUCUCAUGUACUGAGAGUUUUUCUAAGACUGGAAAUACUAACAAUAACUGAUUGUGAUUCGCUAAAAGAAGUGUUUGAACUCCAAGCCCAAGGGUUAGAAAUCAAGGAUAAAUGUGAUGUGGCCUUCCAAUUAAAAGAAAUGCGUCUCUUUCGUUUGCCAAAGCUGAAGCAUGUUUGGAAUAACGAUCCCCAUGGAAGUAUUUCUUUUCAAAAUCUACGAGGAGUACAUGUUUUCCAAUGUUGGAGCUUGAAAAGUCUAUUUCCAUUUUCAAUAGCCAAAGGUCUUCCACAACUUAAAAGGCUUUUAGUUCAAGAAUGUGGGUUGGAGGAGAUUGUUUCAAAGAAUGAAGGAUUAGAACAGGAAAUUUGGUUUGAAUUUAAUCAGUUAUCCUUCCUUAAGCUUUAGAAAUCAACAAACCUCAAAUGUUUUUACCCAGGAAUGCACACUACUGUGUGGCCAGUGUUAAAAACGUUGAGGACAUAUUCGUGUGGGAAGGUAAAGAUAUUUGAGCAGCUAGAGUCCCAUAUCCAACAACCACUUUUCCUGAUUGAAAAGGUCAUCCCCCAAUUAGAGGAAGUGUCAUUUAGCAGUGAUGACAUUGCAAUGAUAUGUGAUGGCCAAUUUCCGUCAGACUUCUUUUGUCAUAUAAAAGUCCUUAACAUUUCUUGCUACCUAGAUGAAUCAGCUGUUUUUCCGUUUUUUUUCCUCCAAAGAUUUUACAAUCUAGAAAUGCUUGCGGUGCUUGAUUGCAACUUCAAAGAGCUGUCUCCUUACGGAGGAAAUGUAAUUGAGGAGAAUGAAGUCCGGAUGCCCUCAAAAAUUAGAAACUUAAUGUUGGAUUAUCUGCCUAAGAUAAUACAUCUAUGGAAGCAAGACUCACCGCUGGACCAUAUAUGUGCAAGUCUUGAAACUCUUAAAGUUUGGAGAUGUAACAGUUUGAUUAAUUUAGCAUCAUCAUCCACGUCAUUUCAAAAUCUUACAACUUUGGAUGUCUGGAACUGCAAAGAGAUAGCAGAAUUGAUUACAGCUUCCAAAGUCCAAAGCUUGGUGCAUCUUGUUGAAAUGACGAUUAGAAAAUGUGAAAUGAUGAAAGAAGUAGUUGCAGACGAGGGAGAUGAUGAAGCAACAUAUGAGAUUAUUUUCAGGGAGUUGAAACGUUUGGAACUUCAAUGUUUACCAAGCCUCAGAAGCUUCUGUACAGGGAAUUAUACCUUCAGGUUCCCAUCAUUGGAACAAGUGAUUGUGAGUGAGUGUCUUAGUUUGAAGAGCUUUUGUCAGGGUGCUUUAAGCACACCAAAACUGGAAAGAGUACAACUAAACAGGACGGAUUCUGAGGGGCGUUGGGCUGGUGACCUUGGUGCCACCAUAGAACAGUUAUACAUGGAACAGAAUGUUCAAAUUUCUGAA